CAGGUUGACAAUCAUAUGGAAAAACACCCCAAGCAAAAUGGUGAUAAUUAAAUUGGUGUUUAUCAUGUAAUUAAAGAAAAAUGUGAAAAAAUGCAAUAAUAUAAAAAAAUAUUUUCAUGCAUUUUUUCGUAAAAAUGGGCGCUAAUAUUUCACAAUUGGAAAGAGAUAUAGGUUCAGAUCAAUUUCCACCGAACGAGCAUUAUUUUGGUUUAGUCAAUUUUGGGAAUACAUGCUACAGCAAUUCAGUAUUACAAGCAUUAUAUUUUUGUAAACCAUUCAGGGAAAAAGUAUUGGAAUAUAAGGCCAAAAAUAAGCGAACUAAAGAGACUUUAUUAACAUGCUUGGCAGACUUAUUUUAUAGUAUAGCUACACAAAAGAAAAAAGUAGGUUCCAUUGCGCCAAAAAAAUUUAUUGCACGGUUACGAAAAGAAAAAGAGGAAUUUGAUAACUAUAUGCAACAAGACGCUCAUGAAUUUUUAAAUUUUUUAAUAAAUCACAUUAAUGAAUUAAUAUUAGCGGAAAGGCAGCAACAUUCAUCUAAAAUAAAAAUACAUGGCAAUAGUAAUGAUAGUGCCAAUUCAACUAGUGAGCCAACAUGGGUUCAUGAAAUUUUUCAAGGUAUUUUAACAAGUGAAACACGUUGUUUAUGUUGUGAAACAGUUAGUAGUAAAGAUGAAGAUUUUUUUGAUUUACAAGUGGAUAUUGAUCAAAAUACAAGUAUAACGCAUUGUCUACGAUGUUUUAGUAAUACAGAGACACUGUGUGGUGAUAAUAAAUUUAAGUGUGAUAACUGUUGUAGUUAUCAAGAAGCACAGAAACGUAUGAGAGUUAAAAAAUUACCAAUGAUUUUAGCAUUACAUUUAAAACGUUUUAAAUAUAUGGAACAAUAUAAUAGGCAUAUUAAAGUAUCACAUCGUGUUGUAUUUCCAUUAGAGUUAAGACUUUUUAAUACAUCGGAUCAUGCUGUCAAUCCAGAUCGAUUAUACGAUUUGGUAUCGGUUGUCAUACAUUGUGGAAGUGGACCAAACAGGGGGCACUAUAUAAGUAUUGUUAAAAGUCAUGGAUUUUGGUUGCUGUUUGAUGAUGAUAUGGUUGAUAAAAUUGACGCGUCCACGAUUGAAGACUUUUAUGGAUUAACGUCCGACAUACAAAAAUCAUCAGAAACGGGGUACAUUUUAUUUUAUCAGUCAAAGGAUUAUGUAUAGAUAUUUAUUUAAAAACAAAUCAUCUUGUUGAUAACUAAAAAAUUAAAUGCCAAAAAUUGUAUAAAAGAAUUUUCUAACAAAAUAUUAUUCGGUGAGAGAUGACAACAAAAAUUUUACAGCUCGAUUGCGGUUCGAGGUCACAAUGUCAAUUUGAUAAAUGAAUGAAUAUAUGUCAUCGUAUCAGUUGUUGCGUCCUAAACUACAACAUAUUAUAUAAUUCCAGUUAGAAGAAUAAUUAUAGCCUCAAAUUCUGUUCUAAAAUAAUAAUAAUAUUGAAAUUGAUUGGAAAAUUACUGAGAGGUUGUGGCAAAUGCCUAAAGUUUUCUCCAAUAAAAAAUAUAUCGUACUAUACAUAAAAU